AAUCUCAAGCCAGUUGAAUCAAACGGUCACCAAUAGUUCUGUACGGGCAGAAAGUCCCACCGCAUUCGCUCGCUUCCCGCCCUUUGUUCAGUUGCUUCGAUUCUUGUAUCGAGAUGUGUGGAAGGGCUCGCUGUACUCUCAGAGCCGAUGACGUCACUAGGGCUUGCCACCGCACCCACGCCCCCGUCCGCGCCGUUAACAUGGACCGGUUUCGUCCGUCGUACAAUGUGUCGCCUGGAUCGAAUUUGCCUGUUGUUCGGAGAGAAGACGGGGCGGAUGGCGACGGCGUCGUUCUUCAAUGUAUGAAAUGGGGGCUGAUUCCUAGUUUCACCAAGAAAACCGAAAAGCCCGAUUUCUACAGGAUGUUUAAUGCUCGGUCUGAGUCCAUUUGUGAAAAGGCUUCUUUUCGUCGUUUGGUUCCUAAAAGCCGCUGCAUUGUUGCGGUUGAAGGUUUUUAUGAAUGGAAAAAAGAUGGUUCUAAAAAGCAGCCUUACUACGUCCAUUUCAAGGACGGCAGGCCUCUUCUGUUUGCUGCUCUUUAUGAUUCUUGGGAGAACUCUGAAGGAGAGAAACUUUACACAUUCACUAUCAUAACAACUUCCUCAUCAUCAGCUUUAGGGUGGCUGCAUGACAGGAUGCCUGUUAUCUUGGGUGAUAAAGAAUCAACUGACACAUGGCUAGAUGGUUCUUCAUCGUCCAAUUUUGAUUCAUUACUUAAACCAUACGAAGGUCCAGAUUUGGUAUGGUACCCGGUGACACCAGCAAUGGGUAAGGUGUCUUUUGAUGGGCCAGAGUGCAUCAAUGAGAUACAGUUGAAGACCGAGGGGAAUAAUUCAAUCACAAAGUUUUUCUCAGCGAAGGGAACCAAAAAAGAAGAAUUAAACCCAAAGGAUACAAGUUCUGAUGACACGUCUGCGAAGAAAGAUUUGUCAAAAAUGGUGAAAGAAGAACCUGAAAGCAAAGAGGACACAGAACAGCCGUACUCUACUGAACAAUGUGAAGAUGAAUCAAAAUGUAAUGUGUCUACAUUCUCUCAAGAAGGUGUAUCUAAGGGCCAAGCAAAGCGAGACUACGAAGAAUUUUCAGCUGAUUCUAAGCCAGUUGCUUAUGUAACGAAUAAGAAAUCUGCUAGUCUGGCAAAGAAGAAAGUUAACCCAAAGAGUUCUCUAGACAAGCAACCUACCCUAUUUUCAUACUUUGGUAAAAGCUAGUUGUGCAUGCAGUGAACUUCAGAUAUCGUUAGAACAUGCUCCAUUCGUAUAUGGACACAGGUUGAUAAUUUUGUGUUGUACAAAUUCGUUUCUGCUUCAUCAGCCUAACAUCGUUGUUUGCUUGGUGUCCCUCCUCUAUUUUGGCUAGGCAAGAUAGUUAUCCUUUGUGUUGUAUCUGUUAUCUUGUAUUUUAAUUUCUGGUUUACUGAAAUCAGAGAUUUAGCAUGUUGGUCUCUCUGCAGUUGGUUUUUGCAAAGUUUCUUGUAAACUUGAAGAUCUCCAUGUAACAUCUGCUCGAUUUUGCUUAAUGUUAAAAGCCUGAUUCGAUUUA